AAACAACCAACAAUGGCGCUUGUGACAGUGCAACGGUCGCCCAGUGUAACGGGCUCUUGCUCGAAUUCGGAUGGCGAGGCCGACGACGACGAGGGUAAUAGCAAUCAUAAAGGCGAACGGAGCGAAUGUUAUUUUGCUGGCAAGGGCACUGCGUUGGUGUUAGCCCUGGAAGACAAACCGUUGCAUGCGGAGCGACGCCUUAGCACAGACUCCACACGCUCCACAAACAGCACGCAGAGCAACAACUCCGACAUUCAACUGCAUUUGCAAUCAAUGUUCUAUUUGCUGCAUCGCGAAGACACCCUGAAAAUGGCUGUCAAACUGGAGUCGCAGCGUUCGAAUCGUACGCGCUACCUUGUGAUUGUGUCCCGUAGUUGUUGCCGGACGGCGGCCAGCAGCAACGAGCGACGCACUAAAAUCAUACGUCACAAUUCGGUUAAGUCGACGGCGACAACGGCGGCGGCGUCAAGCGCCACACACGCUCAGCAGUUGGCUGGUGGUACACCUGUUGCGCAACGGCAGCUAUCCGUGGAUAGCCAUCGGACGCAGCAGGCGGCUCAAGAGGAAACGGCAAAGCGUCUGUCGUCGCUCAAUGCGAAUCGUCAAAGCCUAAAAUGUGAUGUGGAUGGUAGUGGACGAAGAGAGGGGGAUGUAAGUGGAGGAGUAGGAGGAGGCACAGGUGGAGCCGGUGACAACAACAAGAAUACCUCGGGCAUGGAGGAAUCCUGCCUGCUGGGCAUCGAUUGCAACGAGCGAACGACCCUUGGUCUUGUUGUGCCCAUACUCGCAGACACCACAAUUCACUUGGAUGGUGACGGCGGCUUCAGUGUCGCUGUCUACGAAAAGACCCACAUAUUUAAGCCCGUAUCGGUGCAAGCGAUGUGGUCGGCGCUGCAAACGCUGCACAAAGUGUCUCGAAAGGCUCGUGAAAAUAAUUUCUAUCCCAGCGGCCCAUCGCAUGAUUGGUUAACCAGCUACGAAAGUCGCAUUGAGUCAGAUCAGUCGUGUCUAAACGAAUGGAAUGCCAUGGAUGCACUCGAGAGUCGUCGCCCGCCCUCACCAGAUGCCAUAAGAAACAAGCCAACCGCUAAGGAGGAAACUGAAAGUGUCAUUAAAAUGAAGCUCAAAGCGAUCAUGAUGUCGGUGGAUUUGGAUGAAGUGACCUCCAAGUAUAUACGUGGUCGUCUGGAAGAUCUCUUAGAUAUGGAUUUAGGCGAAUACAAAUCGUUUAUUGAUGCCGAAAUGUUGCUGAUUCUAGGUCAAAUGGAUGCGCCGACCAAAAUCUUUGAGCACGUCUACUUGGGCUCGGAAUGGAAUGCGAGCAAUCUGGAGGAGUUACAAAAGAAUGGUGUUCGACACAUUCUGAAUGUGACUCGCGAGAUUGACAACUUUUUUCCGGGCACCUUUGAGUACUUUAAUGUGCGCGUCUACGAUGAUGAGAAGACCAAUCUGCUCAAGUAUUGGGACGACACAUUUCGGUAUAUAUCGCGGGCCAAGGCCGAGGGUUCCAAGGUGCUGGUGCACUGCAAGAUGGGUGUAAGUCGAUCCGCUUCUGUUGUCAUUGCGUAUGCGAUGAAGGCAUACAAAUGGGAGUUCCAGCGUGCGCUGCAGCAUGUCAAGGAGCGCCGGAGUUGCAUUAAGCCCAACAAGAACUUUCUUAAUCAGUUGGAAACGUAUAGCGGUAUGCUGGAUGCGAUGAAGAACAAGGAGAAACUGCAGCGCAGCAAGAGUGAGACAAAUUUGAAGAGCACAAAGGAUGCACGUCUGCUCCCCGGGAGCGAACCAACGCCACUAAUCCAGGCGCUCAAUCACAACAAGUCCAAACUGAGUAGUAGUGGGAAAAGUGGUGCGGAGCAACAGGAGAGUGGCAGUAAUCGUGGCCAGUAUCGACGGAGCAGCGCACAAAAGCAACGCCGAUUGAUGCGACGCUCAAGUAGCACCUCACCGAAGACCCAAAGUGCCGUAGAGGUAACGAAACAGCAAAGCCAAUCCAUGGAGAACCUGACACCGGAACGCAGUGUGGCCGAGGAGCCAAAGAAUAUGCGCUUUCCGGGCAGCAAUGGCGAGAACUAUAGCGUCACCCAGAAUCAGGUGCUGCACAUACAGAAGCACACGCCGCUCUCGGUGCGGACGCGUGUCCAUGAUCUCGAGGCGCAUCAGGAGCCGCCGCGGCGCAGUCUGCACUUAGUGCAGGCGCCGGCACAAGGCACCGUGUGGACAUCGCAGUCCAAGUUGAUAACCCAAACAGCCUUUACGCCGACGACGACGCGACGGGAUUCCAGUUCAUCGGAAGUGUUUGCCACAAACCCAACGACGACGGCGACGACGACAACAGCAAAGGUGGAGGAGCGAGAGAAGCGACAGCGUCGCAAAACGCAAUCGUGGACGGAAUCGUUUGGUCCAAGCGGUGGCAUCAUACUCGACGCACUGCCUCAGCAACACGCGCACCUAGCGCCGAGUGCUGUUCUGCGAACGCGAGUUCCUGGACAACAGCGGGAGUUGCCGUCACGUCACGCGAGCUGGGGAUCGGGCGAUAAUCGGAGCAGCCUGCCAAUGCGCACCAGUUCCUGCAACUACUACGACAGCAAUCGCAAUACAACAGCCAUUUUCGAGGGUGAAAUCCAGGAUCUGAAGCGGAGCAGCAGCGGCAUCACAUCCACAACAAUGGCUAGCAAUUGCAAUCCAACCGAAUCCCAGUUGGGCACCGUGAAGCGCACCAAACAAAAGCUCGAGGAGAAUACAACGCUCAAAAAACGCUGCCAGGAGGCGAACGACGAACUAAACGUCAAUGAUGCAAGUGUGGAUGCUGAUAAUCUGGAUGCGACGACGGCGGUAGCGACAAUUGAGAAAAAGUGUGCCAAUCUAUAUCGGAGCGCGUCGUCCGCUGGCAAUGCGGCGCGCCAACGUCAACCGUUGCGCUGCAACAGCGAGGAACUGAUGCACACCAGCGACAUUGAGAACAAGAACACCGCGACGGAUUUGAUGUUGGUGUUGCGCACACAGAGUCAGGCUGUCGCCGAGGAUCAACGCAUAUCGGGGCAUGUGCAAAUACUCAAGCAAAACUUUGAAGCCAAAGCUGGUGUGGUGGUUGGCGGCGUGUUGUCGGGCAUGGGAGGAGCGGGCACAGGCACAGGUGUUGGAGCAGGACAAGGAGCAACAACAACUACAACUGGAACUGGAACUGCAACUGUUGCAACAGCAGCAGCGCCAGUGCAGAAGAAGGCGACACAUCAAUCGCUGCCCUCAUCACCCGUUGCACAGCAUGCGGAUCAUGUGUUGGUGGACAACAGCAGCAUCAAUGCUGCACCGUUGAUGACGACGACGACAAAAUCAUCAUCCAGCAACUCAUCCGCAUCCGACUCGAGCGUAAGCGAAACCUCUUGUGAUCGUAAUGUAAAAGGUCUAGUGCAUAAAUAUCAAACCACUUCCUGUAGUAACAAUCCCGCAACAAUAACGACAACAACAGCAGCAACACUGCCGCCGCCGCCGUCGUCGUCAUCGACACCACCCACCAAGAACACAACAACAACAACAGCAACAACCACCAAUAUCAAUAACAGCAACAACACAACAACAAUCAGUGUCACUAGCUUCCGUCAGCGACCUCAUUCCUAUUAUGAUCGUUCGCUGUCAAACAGAGCACACGAUUAUAGCGAGAAUCGUCCGCCGCCCGCACCCGCCCGUCACACCAAUCUUAACCAGCUCCAGCUCCAGCAUCAGCAGCAGCAACAACAACAACAAACGGAGCAAGUGCAGCAUCGUCGAUUGGCGCAGCAUGGCAAAACUCAUCCACUCACUAGGCUAAGUUUACCAAAGCAAAGCUUCAACACCGCUGCAUACAAUACCAUGUAAAGGAAAUGCUCUUUCUAUCUUUACUUACUACACCAACACACAUACAACACACACACUCACACUCACACACACGCUCAUAAUACAGUCGAACUUCUCGUAACUCGAAUUUUUCCUGUAACUCCAAACCAAAUUUUGUACAAUUUUUUUUCUCGAUAAUACGAACUCGAAAUCUCUAUAAAAACCAAUUUCUCCAUAACUCCAA